AUGUCGGACUUUUUUAUUACCACGUCAGACCUGUUCACUGGCCUGUCAGACCAGGAGCGCCAUGACCAGGACGGCAUUAUCCGGCUGCAAGAAAAGCGAGAAAGGAAGCUCCUUCAAGCCAUCCGCAAACACAAUAUCGCCAAGGUCAACGCACUCCUCGCAGAUGGUGUUCCACCUGAUGGCAGCUCAGAAAGAGCCCCGUUGCAGCUCGCCGUUCAAUUAGGCAGACGCGAAAUUAUGCAACUACUCAUCCAAUACAACGCCCAGUCUCCGAGCAACCCCGGUCCCGACUCGGAUGACGACGAGUUGCUCACAGCGGCCGGCCGGGGCCGCGUGGAUAUCCUAAAGAUGCUCAUGGAUUACCGCAAGAAGCUGGGCUAUAAAGGCACUGCUUGGCCAAGCCAUCAAGGCGACGAGCCCAUUCACCGUGCUGCCAGUUGGGGGAACUUGGAAUGUCUGAAGCUAUUGGUGCAGGAGGGUGCCACGAUUAACCUUGAGAAUUCACAUUGGCAGACACCAUUACAUCUUGCUGCUAGUCUUCCGACUGGAGUGAAGAAUGGAUUGCCGGUUCUGCGGUUUUUACUCGCAUCAGGCGCAAAUGUCAAUGCAUUGACCACUACGGGUAACACGCCCAUUUUGAUGGCAGCUCGUGCUGGUAAUGAGGCCGCUAUUGAGGAAUUACUCAAGUCAUCGCCCGAUCUUCGCCAAGAAGGUCAAUUUGGAGAGACGGUUUUACUUGUUGCUGCCUCACAUUGUUCUACGAGAACGGUGCAGAUGCUCGUUGCGGCGGGUGCUGAUAUCCACUUUCGGACUCAGUUCAAUGCUUCUGUUUUACAUCUAGCAGCCGAAGCUGGCAAAACCAAGACCUUCAAAUGGAUCCUCGAUAACAGCAACCUCACCAUUAACGACCUCGACUGUCAUAACUGGACGCCGCUACAUUAUGCUGCGUGCAAGAAUCAAGUGAUAAUGGCCAAGUACUUACUUGAAAAUGGAGCGGAUUCAUCAAUCGCAUCAAUCCCAGGAGAUCAUACCCCUCUCCAUCUGGCAGCUGCUUAUAUCGAUAGCCACAGCCACAGCCCCCAACAAGAUGACGCACGGGACGAUCCAUCUUUAGUUGAGUACCUCAUUCAAUAUGGCGCUGAUGUGAUGGCACCGGGAGACAGUAUAACUCUGCGCUUUACGGAAUGGAUCCCAAAGGCGUCUCGGACAAAUAAGUACGCGAAAUCGGAGGGAAAUACGAGCCGAUCUAACACCAUCUACCCGCUCCACUGUGCCGUCGUGAGCGGUGCCAUCCAGAGGGUAAAAACGCUUCUAUCCGCCGGCGCAGAUAUUCAUGCCCGCACUGCCCCAGAGGGAAAGACAGCGCUUCACCUAGCUGCGAAUAAUUCACUCCGGAAAAUGGUCCUUUUCUUGAUCCAGAGCGGCCUGGACUAUCGGCUGACUGAUACUGAGGGACACACGAUGGUCCACUAUCUCGCUCUCGCAGGACUAUACGAGCCCGUGAGUGUGAAGGAGUUUCUUGUCGCCGAGAACCUUUAUGAUCCCUCGAUGGAAGCUGAGCUUAUUAGACUUGGACCUGUCGAAUAG